GAAGAAGAAACAAAAGUAAAAGGAAUGAACAGGGGAAAGCAAUCAACAGAUCGGAAACGAAUUGAAUUUCUAAGCCAACAAAAAAUAAAAGUAGAUCUGCGCACAAAAGAAGGGUGGAAGAAAGAAGACAAUAAGAAAGGAAGUCCGACGUAAGAAAGGAAGAAGGGUGGAAAGAGAAGUCCGGCGUAAGAAAGGAAGAAGAGCAGAAAAGAAGAAGAUCGAAGAAGACUCAACGAACACUUCGGCGAUGAGCAGCGGUAGACCAAUCCGGCAAAACGCAGCGGCAGACCGCUCUGGGGACGCGCAGCGGCAGACCGCUCCGGCAAUGAUAGAGUUGUAUUUUUAUCAUGUAUUAUUUCUAUUUUAACUAGUUUUAUUUGUUGUUGUUUGGAAAAUUACACACUUUUGGUGUAAUUAGUUAAUUUUCUUAGAUAGAUGUAAUCCUUAUAAUUAAUAGCAAUACAAAUGCAUCUGCACCGUUCAUCUAAAAAGAUCUUAACCUUUCGCUUUAUAACAUCAUCGAUCUCUUUCCUUUGUAAUUCUCUUUUCUUUUGACGCAUCUGUCCAUCUUCUUCCGCCUAUCUCUUUACUUUGUAAGUCAUUACAGCUCUUCUUCCGAUCUUUUACUUCCACCUUUCCCUUUCGUUUCCAAUACUCUUUCAACUCGCGACUUCUACUUUUUUCUUCGACUUAUUUUCCUUCCUCCUUUCUUCUUCCCAAAUCGGAGUUCCUCAAGUUUGUUGGUGUCGUCAACAACAUGAUUUUCUCAAAAAGAAGAUACUUAUCUGCAGAAAUCUAUCAGGAGUCAUUUGCCAUGAAAUUAUCAGAAAAAAGGAUAUGGCUCUUCAUCUACCCGAAGUCAUUUGAGUGAAAAUCAUCCGAAAAAAGAGAUUGUUUCUUCCUUCAAAGUUGAUCGUUUCUCCGUAUAUUAUUCCAGUAAAAUCUGGAUUUGGUGAAAAAGUGAUUAAUCGUCGACGGGAUCUUGGAGAUGUGAGGGCGGCUCGAAGAUGGAAAUGGGAUCUGGCAAUUGGGUAGGGCGGCUCCCGAUUAUCGAUUAUCGGCUAAUCGACGUUUCUCCUUUGGAACGAAUUAGUUGGACGAAGGGGACCAGCCAUAGAAGAUGCUUUAGAUGCUCGCAAUUGGGAUCUCAGAGUCGCAAGCAAAGGCCGGCUUUCAACCGUGAACGAGUCAGGCCUCCAGUCGUCUGGCACCAAUCAGGGAAGCGAGACACGGUCUUCUCCGGCUACCAUGCGCGGCGGCCCUUUCUGCAGAACUGCGAACAAGACUUUGCUGGGCGGACUCAUGAUUCAUGGUUUGGAGGUCGUGGAUGUGGCCUCGGAAACGGUGGGUUCGGAAAUCUUCAAAACCACAACAGAGAAACACAAGUGACUUGGUGUGUGGUAAGCAGUUGUUGAAUCAGGCAGAAACGGGACGAAACUUUGGGACAGAUAAGUUUGUUGUCUUGAUUGAAAGUAAAAUUUUCCAAUUUAAAGUUCUGGACUGCAAUAAGCUUCGUAUUUCUGAAACAAAGAAAGGAAUUACCUCUGCAAUUGAUUUUGAUGUUACUGGGAUUACAUGGUUAAAGAGCUCCAUGCUCAAGAUUUUUGGUGAUAACAGGUCUUCCGUUAAAUUAGAGCUGAAUAAAUCACUUAUAGUUCUCUAUGAUGCAAAUCACUUUGGUGGCUUUAUCCGAAUCAUUGAAAAGGGAAAAGAUUCUUUAUUUAUUCCAGAGGGACGGAAUGGACAAGGGAUUGAUCUUUUUCUUAAAGGAAUUACAAGGGCAAUUGAUUUGUUGAAGGAAAUAGGUGAAAAAACAUUAGCACUUGAACUUAUUUCAAGUAAGAAUGAUGAGAUGAUUGGCAAUAAUGUAUUAGAAUUUUUGCCUAAUGGGAAUAACUAUGAACCCGAAACUUCCAUUUCGGGCGCUUUACUACAAGCUGAUAUUGAGUUUUUAAAUUCUUCCCAUCAUUCUUUGGAUUUGGUUACUUUAGAUGAGGUGCAGGGCGUUGAACAUACUCCCGAUUCUGUUGAAAAUCUUAAGGAAUUCUUUCAGGCAACCUUAACAAAUGGGGUGGAAUCACUCUCUCAUUUUCUACUCCGUGAAUUUGAGAGACUUCUCGUCUCUACUUUGGAUAACCUUGACAGUUUGAGAUUGAAAGCCACUAUUGAAGGGAAAUCUUCUAGGACACAGAAGAAUUCGGAGCAUGUUGAUAAGAAUGAGAAAGGAGGGUAUUACAAUGCUUUAAGUGAUCUUGCGGUUUCUGAUUGGGACUAUGCAAAUACAGGUUUCACUGGCAAUGAUGAGUUCGAAAAGGCUUUUGGAGAAUCAUGCUCUACUCUUUCAGAAAAUGAGAAGAGGGUUCCUAUUUCGACGGUGAGUGAUCUUUGGGACUAUGAUGCAAAUGAGGUUAUUUGUCAAAAAGCAUUGCUUGUUACACGAGAAAAUUGUUUACCCACUCAAAACUUGAAUACUCAAAAGAGAAUGUACAAAAAGAAGAAUCAGAGAUCACAUCUUAUGAGGACAAGAUCUCAAGCACGAGCGGGUCUUUGAAGACUAUUCUGAGGGUUGUGGUUUUUUACACCGGGUUUUUAAGGAGGGUUUUUUUUCUUACUCUGGGUUGGGCAUCUCUCUUAUUUGUUCGUUUUUAUUUACUUUAUUUUCUUUUCUUAGCUUUAUUUUCUUUUCUUAGCUUUAUUGUACUCUCGAGAUUCCUUUUAAUAAAAUUUCCUUAUUUAAAAAAACAAAUAAAAAAAAAAUAAAAAAUAUUCCAGUAAAAUCUUAUUCUUCUUCCCAGAACAUUUUCUCUUUCUCUAUCGUGCUUUUUUCAAUGUUGAAAUCGAUUUUGUUUGUUUUUUCUAUUGCUACUUAGAGGUUGUUCGAAUUGACCUUCACAGGUUUUUUUUGCUUCAGAUUCUGGUUCAGAUUGAGAAAUCAAUUUGUUCCAUUGGACAAAGUACCACAUGUUCCAAGUUAAUCAUCUACUCUGGUUUUUCAUCAUACAAUGAUUUUGGAAUUUUCCAUACAGUAACAUUUUGGGAAAAUUCCUUAAAUAGGAGUAAAAAAGUUUUAAAAUUCCAAAAUAGGACUGCCACCAUGUUUUUAUUCCAUAAAUAGGAUUAAUUUUUGCCAAGUUUGGCAUUGCCCGGCUUUAAACAUGGCAGUUUUUUUCAAACAUUGCAGAAAUUACUCCUAUUUAGUGAAUAAAAACAUAAGGUACUAUUUUGGAAUCUCAAAACGUUUUUACUCCUAUUCAGGGCAAUUUCUACAACAUUUUUUUCUAUUUUAUUGAACAUUCUUUAUGAUUAUUACGCCUUUGAUUCAUUUAUUUUUAUUUGUUUUAGACUUGUAGAUCUUUGAAAAAUAGGAAAGCAACUCAAAAGAUUGCUUUUCUAAAAAGACUACUUUAUGCGUAAGGAAUAAAAAAAAUUACCAAACCCUUCUUUGAGUUAACUUAUGCAUUCCAUAUUAGAAAAUAAAGACUCUUUGAUCUGUGUACUCUAAUUAACUUUAACAUAUUCUGAAGAUAGUUGUUCCUCACAUGUCUUGCAAUUUUAUUUCCAAAAUUUAACUAUGAGCUUUUGGUAUUUCAAUUUUGUUUCAAAACUAUAGUUUCGUGUUAGUUCUUUAUCUAGCUGGAAACCUUUUGUUACUCAUUGCACUAUUGCACUUGGUCUUGAUAAAAUAUCGAUCAUUUCUAAAAUUUUAAGAAUAAGAAAACUAAAUGUUUGCUUAUUUAUAUCUAUCACUGCAUCCUACCUGAGGGCGGAUUUAUUGGUGAAGCUUCACCGCCCAAAAUUUUGAGCAUUUAUAAUGUCUUGAAGUUUUUUAUAUGAAAACCCCCAUAUAAAUAUAAGAAGUGAGAUGAUGGAAUAACUUGAUAUCAUUAACCAUACGUAUGGAGUUACAUUUAUAGUUACAGAGAGCAAGCUAUACAAGUAGUCUAGCUAUACAAGGAGUCUAAUGAGAUAAUAACAAGAGUAAUAAAAGGAUAAUUACGAGAGAAUAAGGAGAUAAUUACAAGGGAAAAUAUGAUAAUAAUUAUUGUUUAAUACGCCCCCGCAAGAUGGAGGAUCCAUCGGAGACACCCAUCUUGGAUCGGAAGAGAUUAAAUGCGACACGCCCAAGUGGUUUAGUAAGAGCAUCCGCAACUUGAUGUUUGGUAGAAAUAUGUCGAACAUGAAGUUGAUGACGUUCAACUAGCUCUCGGACAAAGAAAUAAUCAAGGGCCAAAUGCUUCAUUCUAGAGUGGAACACGGGAUUUGCACAAACAAACGUUGCACCAAGAUUGUCACACAUAAGAAGUGGAGGCCGAGAGAGAGAGAUACCAAGUUCACAUAACAAGUUUUGGACCCAAAGUAAUUCAGCAGUUGCAUUAGCAAGAGCCCGGUACUCCGCUUCAGUUGAAGAACGAGAAACACAUUUUUGUUUUGCCGAUUUCCAUGAGAUAAUAUUAGAGCCAAAAUAAAGCACAUAAGCUGUAGUUGAGCGACCACCAUCAUGAACCCCUCCCCAGUCAGAGUCGGAAAAUGCAGAUAAUUGAAGGGGAGUACCUCGACGAAGAAAGAGACCAUGAAACAUAGUACCCUUGAGAUAGCGAAGGACCCGCUUAACCGCUUGCCAGUGAGUGUCCGUAGGAGCAUGCAUAAAUUGGGAAAGUUUAUUGACCGCAAAUGAAAUAUCCGGACGAGUAAAUGCUAGGUAUUGAAGAAGUCCCAAGAUUUUCCGGUAUUCAGAGCUAUCGGCAGCAGGAGAACCAUCACUUAAUACUAAUGGUGGUGUGGGAGCCAUAGGAGUACUGGCCGGCUUGGACCCAUCCAUGCAGCAGGUUUCCAGAAUGUGUCUUAUAUACUGUUGUUGAGAAAGAAAAAUACCAGAGCAUGUUGGGAUGACCUCAAUCCCCAAAAAAUGAUGCAAAGGGCCGAGAUCUUUCACCGAGAACCUAGUAGUAAGCUUUUUGACAAAGUGAUCCAAAGCUUGAGAGUUAUUGCCUGUGAGAACAAUAUCAUCCACAUACACAAGAAAAUAUAAUAAAAUAGAUCCACGAGAGUAAAUAAACAAGGAAGCGUCUGCACGGGACUUCCGAAAGCCGGCAGAUAGAAGAAAACCAGAAAGCUCCAAGUACCAAGCUCGGGGAGCCUGCUUAAGGCCAUACAAAGCCUUCUUUAGUCGACACAGAUGGUUUGGAGUAUUUGGAUUAAUAUAACCGGGUGGCUGAAGCAUGAAAACCUCCUCAUGCAACGUACCAUGCAAAAAGGCAUUAUUUACGUCAAGUUGACGAAGCGGCCAGUGACGGGACAGGGCAAUACUCAAUAUGAUACGAACAGUUGCGGGUUUUGUAACCGGACUGAACGUAUCAAAAUAAUCACGACCAUAUUGUUGCAUAAAUCCCUUAGCAACCAAACGGGCUUUGUAGCGAGCAAUAGAGCCAUCGGGAUGACGUUUAAUACGAAAAACCCACUUGCAUGGAAUAGGCGUUUGAUGAGUACGGGGAACAAGCUCCCAGGUAUCAUUAUGCUGAAGAGCCUGAAAUUCGGCGUCCAUAGCAUUUUUCCAGUGAGGGUCUUUGAGCGCUUGUCUCAC